ACCUCUAUAUAAGCUUUUACUCUGUUUGCCUCAAUCCUCACUUCUCUGCACUACACCAUAAUUGUCCACACACCAGUCGAUUUAUAGUUACCUAGUGCAUUUUACAAGUACAAUGGCUUCACUCACCGAUCUCAUCAAUCUCGACCUAUCUGAUUCCACUGACAAGUUUAUAGCAGAAUACAUAUGGAUUGAUGCUGUUGGCGGCCUCAGAAGCAAAGCAAGGACACUUUCUGGUCCCAAUAAUGAUCCCACUCAACUCCCAAAAUGGAAUUAUGAUGGCUCCAGCACUGGUCAAGCCCCUGGAAAGGAUAGUGAAGUGAUCUUGUAUCCUCAAGCGAUCUUUAAAGAUCCAUUCAGAAGGGGUAGCCACAUUUUGGUGAUGUGUGAUACCUACACACCUGCUGGUGAGCCAAUUCCUACAAACAAGAGAUGUAAUGCUGCUAAGAUUUUCAGCCACCCUGAUGUGGCUGCUGAAGUACCCUGGUUCGGUAUUGAGCAAGAGUACACCUUGUUACAAAAGGAGGUCAAAUGGCCUCUUGGGUGGCCAACCGGAGGAUUUCCAGGUCCACAGGGGCCUUACUACUGUAGUAUUGGUGCUGAUAAAGCCUUUGGAAGGGACAUUGUUGAUGCUCAUUACAAAGCAUGUUUGUAUGCUGGUAUUAACAUAAGCGGUAUAAAUGGGGAGGUCAUGCCAGGACAAUGGGAAUUCCAAGUUGGCCCUGCUGUUGGUAUCUCAGCAGGAGACGAGCUCUGGGUGGCCCGUUAUAUUCUAGAGAGGAUCACUGAGAUAGCAGGGGUGGUUGUUUCACUUGAUCCGAAACCUAUUCCAGGGGACUGGAACGGUGCAGGUGCCCACACUAAUUACAGCACUGAAUCAAUGAGAAACGAAGGAGGGUUUGAACUUAUCAAAAAGGCCAUUGGAAAACUUGAGAUCAAGCACACACAACACAUUGCUGCGUAUGGUGAAGGCAAUGAACGCCGUCUCACUGGAAGACACGAGACAGCUAGUAUGCACAAGUUUUCAUGGGGUGUGGCAAACAGAGGAGCGUCAGUUCGGGUGGGCAGAGACACUGAAAAAGAAGGCAAAGGUUACUUUGAGGACCGCAGGCCAGCUUCAAAUAUGGAUCCCUAUGUCGUCACCUCCAUGAUCGCAGAGACCACACUUCUGUGAUUCAUUCCUUGAGGGAGAAUUCAUGUGGUCACCUCUAUGUGGAAGAGUACCAAAAUUAUGUUUCACAAUAAUCCCACUAGUUUUGUCUUUCUAUUUUAUUUCUACUUCUGGUUUAAAGGCUCAUGGCCCGAGCAUUGCUCGUUUCUUCUGGUUUAGCAUAUUCUGCCGUUCGAAGUUGGAGCAUAUACAAACUAGAUCCAUCCGGUCUGUCUGUUUAUCAAAUAAACAAUUUUAAGUUAAAAGAA